ACCAUGACGAUCUCCCACAAACCCACCGACCUUACCAUUCCGCGCGCCUUGGAUGACCUCAUCCCUGAGGUGGCGCUAUAUCGCAAGCUUGCGGCCGCAGAAAAUAAAAUCGACGCGUUCACGCAGCGCAAGUGGUUGGACCUCCAGGAGUACUUGAAUAAGCCGCUCGAACCAGAGACGCUGCUCUUGCGCGUCUAUGUCUACAACACGUGCGAAAACCAGCCAUGGCAGCAGGCAGAUGGCACGGCGGCGUCGAAGUGGACGUUGCGUGUGGAGGGUCGUUUGGUGGGCGGCAACGCCAAGUUCAGCCUGAUGCUCACGGGCUUGACGGUCGACCUUAUGCCCAACCCGAACUACCCGGACAUCGGCCCGCAGAAUAGCAACCACAUCAUCGAGUGGCACGAGAACACGCCCGAAAGCAACACCAACGUGGGGCUCAACGCGAAGUUAUCUGCGUUUGACGGCUUGGAUAUCACGCGCACGGGGCAACAUCCGAUCGCGUGCAAGGUUACUUUGCAGUUGAAAGAGUUGCCGUUGAAGAUGAAGGUGUCAGCACCGCUUGCGCAGAUACUCGGAGCACCCGAGAUGAGCCAGCACGGGGUUAUCUACGGUAUCUGGCAAUACAUCCAGUUGCACGGCUUGUUCCUGCCACCGACGCAGACUGACACGCACCCUGUAGCGACGCGGGAGCCAGGUGACGACCUCCGCACUGUGUACUGUGACGCAACGUUGUUUUCACUCUUUGGCUUGGCUAAGUUCAAGUUUCCGCGCUUGAUGGAGUUGCUCACGCCUCACUUGAGCCCGAAGGAGCCGAUCGUGAUUGAUUACGAGGUCGACGUUACCAAGGCAUCCACCUUGGGCAGUUGCGUCGUAGAUAUUCCCGUGGAGCUGUCGGUUUAUCUCGCAGCCGUGCGCGCGGAGCAGUUGGAGACCAUCAAGCACCUGUACCACGUUAACGACCACGCCAUCAUGGCGUUGAACAACAAAAUCUCCACCGGCGUCGCCGUGCUCAACCAGAGCCGCGCUAAGCAGCAGUUCUAUGCAGGUCUUGCUGAGAAUCCCGUGGACUUUUUGCAAGACUGGUACGCGAGCCACUGUCACAACUUGAAGAUCCUCAACGGCGACGAGGGGUUCAGCGAGGAGACCAUGAGACGCGCUGACUUCUUUGCAAACACCAACGAGGAGAAGGGCCUCGAUGGCGAGGCAUUGUUGAGAGAUAACGUCGCAUUAUUGUUCAACACGAAUCGGUUGUAGGCGAUAGAGGAUUUAUGUUUAUUAAAAUACAAUUAUCGAAUUAAAAGUAAUUGGAUUGUUUAAAGGGUGAC